AUGAACAAUUCAACAUUCAAAAAACCAUCAACUUCAGGAAGACCAUCUAAACCAAAUCAGAUUUAUAGAAGGGGUAAACCAAUUCAAAAUGAUGUAAAAUUAUCAUCAGAUGAAGAAUCAGAUCAAGAAUCAAAUCAGGACGAACAAGAAACAGAACCAAAACCAAACGAACAACAACAACAACAACCUAUCAUUAACUUGGAGAUAUCCAACCUUAAAUUACCUACUGAAGUUAAAGAAACAAAUUCAUCAUCCGAUGCAUCAUCAUCAUCUUCUGAAUCAGAAGGUUCAACUUCGAAAACCAAAUCAAAAUCAAAAUCAAAGCAAUCAAAGAUCAAUUCACCUCCUUCAGUUUCAUCAAGUGAUUCAGGAUCAGGAUCAGGUUCCGAUGAAUCAGGAUCAUCAUCGGAGGAAGAAACACCAAAACUUGCAUCAAUCUAUAAACCGGUCUUUAUCUCCAAACGUCAACGGGAUACACUUUUGUCUAAGACCGUUCAAGAUGAAUCAGAAGAAGCUAUUGAAGCUCGUAGACAAGCUGAACUCGAAGAACGUAGAUUACAAAGUCAAAGAUUAGUUGAACAAACUUUGAUAAGAGAAUUAGCCGAAAAGGAAAUCGAAGAAGUUUUUCCGGAUGUGGAUGAUACUGAUGGAUUAGAUCCAGAAGCAGAAUUUGAAGCAUGGAGAUUAAGAGAAUUAAAGCGACUGAAAAGAGAAAAAGAUGCAAUGCUAGAGUAA